AUUUACUCAAAAAUACAUUAAAAAUUCUAAUUCGAUUUACGUAUCAUAACCUUAGUAUAGAAUAAAGAAUUAUAGUAAUAAUAAAAAUAUUUCAAAACGAUUGAGGGUAAAAUGUAUCAGGUAUUGUGUAUUUUUCUAAUUAAUGUUUAUGGAUUCAAUUCUGUGGAAUCUGAGGAUCAAAUUGCACUUGAUAUACCAUCACAUUAUCAACAAUACCAGCAGCAGGUGCCACAAACACAGCAGACACAUACUUUACAUUAUCAAGUUUCAGAUAAUCCUGCUCCUAACUAUGAACAUCAUCAUCAUAGUCAUCCUCAGCAUGUUCUUAAUGUAGCUAACAUUGCUCAGGAAAAAGCACAUAUUGCAGAACAUUUGGAUGUACCAAUGGAUACAAAUAAAAUGUCAGAACAAGAAUUACAAUUCCAUUAUUUUAAAAUGCAUGAUUCCGAUAAUAAUAAUAAACUUGAUGGCUGUGAACUUAUAAAAUCUUUAAUUCAUUGGCACGAAGAAGGAAAUAAAGAGAUUAAUGGUGGAAAUGUUGAAGGAAAAAUAUUCAAGGAUGAAGAAUUAAUUACAUUAAUUGAUCCUAUUCUUCAAAUGGAUGAUUCUAACCAAGAUGGUUAUAUUGAUUAUCCUGAAUUUAUUCAAGCUCAACAACGAGCUGCUUCACCAAGUUAACAGCGAACAAUUUGUAACCGCCUGGUUAAUAACAGUAACAAUAACAAUAACAUCAAAAUUGUAUCAAAUUAUUAAAAUAUUACAAUUGUAUGUAUUUUUUUCAUAAUGAAAUAACUACUUCAAUGGAGUAUGUAUGAUUACAAUUUUUUAUGAAAUAAAAAAUCAGUGUAUUAUAAAUACUUAAAAA